AUGGAAAAUCUCAACAAUUCGAUGACUGUGACAUUGAUUAACAUCCAGGAUCCUCAGAACAGGAUUAAAAAGCUUGAAGAUCAGACAAUUUUAUUGUUUGAUGAUUUUGCAAAGUUUGAGAACUUCAACUACAAAGAUUUAUUGAAUUUAAAGUACAUUAAUCCUGUCAGACUUCUAGUUUAUGUAGUCAAUGGAAGUAAGUCAGCAUUUUCAAGCAUCAAAACUGACUUGGUUAUUCCGCCGUUCUAUUAUUUCAUCAUUUUGGAUACAAAAAUCAAUCUUUACACAUUUGAGAACCGCAAUGACUUGACAUACUGUCAUGAAAGCCAAAGACUGAUUAAAUUCAAUGAAUUUUCCACAAAAUCAUCAAAAUGGAUUAAAAGUCCAAUUUUCCCAAAGAAAUACAAAAACUUUUACAGCUGUAAAAUGGUCAUUGGCGUUGUCGACCAAUCAAAUAUUUUGAGAAUCGACUUUAAAGAAGAAAUAUCAAGUGGACCUAUCGUUAAUUUACUCCUGACAAUAUCAGAUUUAUUAAAUUUUGAACUGACUAUUGUGGCAUGUUUUGAACCAAAGUGUUUUGAUAAGGUCAAGAAAAGUUAUUAUGUCUACAAUAUAAUCAGUACACAAAAUCUUGAUUCUCAUGCUCUCAGCAUAGAAACAAAACCUUGGUGGAAGAAUGUGAUGCUUAAUAUUGAAUGCUCGGACUUGUACACAUCAUUUGAGAAGGUUUUGCUUCCAUUUGACAGAGAGACUUGGAUCAGCUUACUAUUGACUUUUGCAUCAUCUGUAGCUGUAAUUCUCAUCAUCAAUAGAUUCUCAAAAAAUGUCCAAAAUCUUUUCUUUGGAUCAGCAAUUCAAAGUCCAACAUUUAAUAUUUUUAGAGCAUUUUUUGGAAUCGGACAGACUCGACUGCCGCGAGAAAGUUUUGCACGAUUAAUUUUACUUUCAUUCGUCAUGUGGUGCUUAGUUGUAAGAACAGCAUAUCAAGGAAAAUUGUUUGAAUUCACAACGACAGCAAUUCGAAAGCCUGAAUUAAGAACAUUGGAAGAAUUAAGGCAUCAAAAUUUUACACUUUUUUUGCCAGAAAAUCAAAAUUUUAGCUCAUUUGAGGGAUUAUUGGAAAGAAUUAUUGACCUCAAAUUGAAGUUCAUUCCAUUAUUAGACUAUUCACAAAUUUACCUGCAAAACCUCACAGAUCCUACAUUUACUGGAACUGUCUUAACAUGUGACAUUGAGCAUGAAAUGAGUAUUUACUAUAUGCAAAGACCGAUGGCUAAAAGAUUCAUUUCAACACCAAUUUCUAGAUCUUCUUAUGCUCUCGGCUUUGUGUAUCCAAAUUUAUGGAAUGAAAGACUUCAGGACAUUGUUGAGGGACUUAUAACAGGCGGGAUCAUCAACAUGUUUUUAGAAAGAUUCACAAAGUCUCGAUGGAAUCUAGAAAGUGGCAAUUUUGAAUCGGACAAAGUCGUGCUGAAUUUAAGUCACCUCGGUUUUGGAUUUCAAAUUUGUAUUUUUGCCAUUUAUGGUGCAUUUUUGGAUCCACAGAACUGGAAUAAAAAGCUUGAAGAUCAAACAAUUUUGUUGUUUGAUGAUUUUGCAACGUUUGAGAACUUCAACUAUAAAGAUUUAUUGAAUUUAAAGUACAUUAAUCCAGUCAGACUUCUAGUUUAUGUAGUCAAUGGAAGUAAGUCAGCAUUUUCAAGCAUCAAAACUGACUUGGUUAUUCCGCCGUUCUAUUUUUUCAUCAUUUUGGAUAGAAACAUCAAUCUUUACACAUUCGAGAACCGCAAUGACUUGACAUACUGUCAUGAAAGCCAAAAACUGAUUAAAAUCAACGAAUUUUCCACAAAAUCAUCAAAAUGGAUCAAAAGUCCAAUUUUCCCAAAGAAAUACAAAAACUUUUACAGCUGUAAAAUGGUCAUUAGCUUGUCUGCUACAUCCAAUCUCUUCAGAAUCGAUUACAAAGAUCAAAAACCAAAUGGUCCAAUUAUUGAGCUUUUGUCAGUUAUUGCAAAAGAGUUAAAUUUCACGCUAAUGAUGUUGACAUGUUUUGAUCAGGCAUGUUUGGACGGAAUUAAAGAAAAAUUUUAUUUAUAUAAUUUACUAAGUACAAAAAAUCUUGAAGCUCAUGCUCUUAAUAUGGAUGUUAACCCAUGCUGGAGGAAUGUGAUGCUGAAUAUUGAAUGCUCACCACAACUUUACGUCCCACCUGGUGACUUGUACACAUCAUUUGAGAAGGUAUUGCUGCCAUUUGAUAACGAGACUUGGAUCAGCUUACUCGUAACCUUUGCAUCAUCUGUUGCUGUAACUUCAAUCAUUUAUAGAUUCUCCAAAUAUGUCAGAAGUCUUGUCUUUGGAUCAGCAAUCAAAACUCCAACAUUUAACAUAUUUCGAGCAUUUUUCGGUAUCGGACAGACUCAACUGCCGCGAGAAAGUUUUGCACGAUUAAUUUUCCUUUCAUUCAUCAUGUGGUGCUUAGUUGUAAGAACAGCAUAUCAAGGAAAAUUGUUUGAAUUCACAACGACAGCAAUUCGAAAGCCUGAAUUAAGAACAUUGGAAGAAUUAAGGCAUCAAAAUUUUACACUUUAUUUGCAUAAAAAUCAGGAAACAAGCAUGACAAAAAAGUUUAUUGAACGAGUUUUAAACCUCAAACCUAACUUCAUACCAGUUGUAGAAUAUACGCAAGUUUAUAUCCAUAACAUCACAGACUCUUCGUUUACUGGAGCUGUCUUAACGUGCGAUAUUGAACAUGAAAUGAAUAUAUUUUAUCUAAAAAAACCAAUGAGCAAGCGGUUCGUUUCAACACCAAUAUCCAAGUCAAAUUAUGCACUUGGCUUUAUGUAUCCAAAUUUAUGGAAUGAGAGACUUCAGGAAUUAACUGAGGGAUUUAUAACUGGUGGAAUUAUUAAUAUGUUUUUGGAAAGAUUUACAAAAACUGGUUGGAAUUCAGAAAGGAAGGACUUUGAAACUGACAAAAUUGUGCUGAAUUUAAGUCAUCUUGGUUUUGGAUUUCAAAUUUGCUUUUUUGUACUUUAUUUAGCAUUUUUGGUUUUUCUACUUGAACUUGCUUCUUUUUGGGUUCAAAAAUGUUUGGAAAGCAUUAAGCAAACUAAAGAGAAUUCUAACAACAGUUUUAACCAUUUUACUGAGCAUUGCAUGAUUUUUAUGUCUACAUUAUUGAUUCAAAUCACAAAUGCAAAGCCAGAUGCUGUUGAAGAGACUAAAACAUUAAACCAGGAACUAUUUAAUAGUUCGAAAUCAGUUCUUAGUUGGGAAUCAACUUUAGAUCAGGUGCCAACUCUUGAAGAAGAGUCAGAAAAGAGUUCAAUUCAAAUUUUGGACGAGAUUAUUAAAGAAAUCGAUAAAACAGGACAUGAUCUUGACAAUACUGAUGAUUCUGAGAGUUAA